AUGAAUUCUUCAAGUUCUGUUCAUGCUGAUGGUGAUACAAAUGAAAAUGAUAAUGAGAAGGAGAGUUCUAGUUGUUGGCCUUUGUGGAAAUAUGUAGAGAAGCAAUCGAAAAUUGGUAAAGGGGGUGGAAAUACAAAAUUUAAAUGUAUGUAUUGUAAAAAUGUGUAUACUGGGUCUUACUCAAGAUUGAGGAAUCAUUUGUUGAAAAAUUCUGGUAUGGGAAUUACCAUAUGCCAUAAAGCUACUGUUGCCAAUGUACUUGAGAUGUCAAAAAUGGAAGAACAAGCUUCUAGCAAGAGAGAUGCAGUUAAAAUUAAAGAUAUACCUUUGCCUCGCUCAGUUUGUGAUAGUGUUGGGUCUUUUUCUGUAACAAUGACUGAAGUAGAGCCCUCCUCAUUUAAGUUAGAAGGUUAUGAUCCUUUGAAAAAGAGGAAGAUUGUUGAUGGUCCUCUAGGAAAAGCUUUCAAUGCACAAGCUCGUGAGAUAUUAGAUGGUGAGAUUGCAAGGAUGUUCUACUCAGCUGGGCUUCCUUUUAACCUCGCUAAAAAUCCACACUUUAUUAAGUCUUACAGUUUGGCUGCCAAUAGUAAUGUUGCAGGUUAUAACCCUCCAGGUUACAAUGCUCUAAGAACCAAGUUAUUGAAAAAUGAGAGGUCACAUCUUCAAACUUUGCUUGAAGCUACUAAAAGCACAUGGAAGUCGAAGGGAGUAACCAUAGUAUGUGAUGGUUGGACAGACCCUCAAAGAAGGCCUCUAAUCAAUUUUAUGGCCAUAAAUGAAGGUGGACCAAUGUUUAUUCGCGCGGUAAACUGUCAAGGUGAGUAUAAAGAUAAAUUUUUUAUCGCUACUUUGAUCAAGGAUGUCAUAACAGAGGUUGGUGUCCCUAAUGUUGUCCAAGUUAUAACAGAUAACGCCCCCGUUUGUAAAGCUGCUGGAAUGUUAGUUGAACAAGCAUAUCCUAGUGUAUUUUGGACUCCUUGUGUUGUGCAUACACUUAAUCUUGCUUUAAAGAAUAUUUGUGCUGCAAAAAAUACCGAGUCAAAUGAAAUCACAUAUGCGGAAUGUCGUUGGAUAAGUGAGAUUGCUGUUAGUGCUGUUAUGAUUAGGAACUUCAUAAUGAAUCAUUCCGUUUAG